AUGUCCCUUCCAGAAGUAGGCGCAACAUCAAGUAUCUGUCGGGUGAUAUUACAUGUAAAAGACACUGUUCACACGAUAGUCAACUCAUUUGGCCUGCUUUGUGAAUACCCAUACCGCCCAUUGUAUGAUCCAGAUUGCCAGAUUUCUCCCUCCAGCCUUAUCAAUAGUUUGAAUGUUGUGGCACCUGCAUUAGAGGAACUUGUCAUGUUAAAACAUGCAAAUGGCCCACCCUGGCCAUUUGCGGACAUGUCGGUUUAUCGCUUGAUGCAGUGGAUGUAUUCUGGCAGCAAACACAAGUCUAUACAUGAAAUCAACUGCCUUGUACAUGAAGUUAUUCUAGCUGAAGACUUCAAGCCACAGGAACUUGAAAAUUUCAGCACUCAAAAGGAAAACAGGUUAUUAGAUUCUUCAGGUCCUGAGGGUCUCAGUGGUUUUAGCAAUAACUGGAAAGCAGCGGAUGUUGUGGUUGGAGUGCCUACAAGAGCACCUGACGGGAGUGGAAAUGGUCAACCAUAUACCAUUUGUGGCUUAUAUUAUUGUUGUUUGGUCGAAGCAAUUAAAGCGGUGUUUAGCAAGGCAUCAGCAUCUCAGUUUCAUUUGUUGCCAUUCAAGUGCUUCUGGGUGAACCCUGUCACUGAGAAAGAGCAAAGGGUUUACAAUGAAUUAUAUACAUCUGAUUCUUGGAUUCAAGCUCACGAGGAUCUGCAAAAGCAGAAAGCCGAGGCGGGGUGCAAACUGGAAAGAGUUAUAGCCGCUCUCAUGUUCUGGUCAGACGAGACCCACCUAGCAGAUUUUGGGACCUCGAAGGCCUGGCCUGUCUACCUCUACUUUGGCAACAUAUCAAAAUAUACUCGUGCUCAAGUCAAUUGCCAUGCAUGUCAUCAAGUGGCUUUCAUACCUUCGGCUGGUAUUUCCAUGUUCUGUUAG